AUGGGUAGCACUGGAAAUGAUGUCUUCACCGAGAAAGGGUUUACAAAUUGGAGGAAAGGACCCGAAAAUCUUCGAGCCCAUGAGGGAGGUGUUGGAAGUCUUCAUAAUAAAGUUGUACAACAAGCUAGAGAUUUGAUGACACAAAAACAACACAUUGAAACAUUUGUGAUUAAGCAAACCGAUGAAGCUCGCAAUAAUUAUCAUACUUUAUUGAGAGCCUCACUUGAGUGCACAAGAUGGUUGUUGGGACAAGGUUUGCCUUUUCGUGGUCACGAUGAAUCGUUGAAAUCAAGCAAUAGAGGUAAUUAUUUGGAGCUUAUGCACUUUCUUUCCAAGCAUAAUGAGCAAGUUAGGAAGGUUGUGUUUGAGAAUGCUCCCAAGAAUCUUAAGUAUACUUCUUCUGAUAUUCAAAAAGAUCUUGUCCGUGCUUGUGCCAUUGAAACUAUAAAUGCAAUCACUAAAGAUAUGGAAGCAAUUGAAAAGUUUUUGGGUGUGCAACAUGUCUUCUCUACAACUAGUAGCUCGCUUGAAGAGGCUAUUGAGAGAUUCUUUGCUACAACAAAUUUGAGUAUGUCCAAGUUACGAGGACAGGGCUAUGAUGGAGCUAGUAAUAUGAAAGCUCUUGUAGCCGUUACAAAGGGAAUUGAGGGUGUCGCCAUUUUCUUCAACAAUGCUAGUAUUUUGGUCAAUACAAUUGGAUCAUCGUGUAAGCGUCGUGAUGCAUUUAGAGAGAAACAACAAGAACAAAUUAAGAAAGCUCUUGAUAUUGGUGAUCUUGAAACGGGUAGAGGGUUAAAUCAAAAGAAUAGUCUCAUGCGUCCUUGUGAUACACGUUGGAACUCACAUUAUGGUACUAUAGUUAGUAUUAUUAUCAUGUUUGAAGCCGUGGUUGAGGUGCUUGAAUGGAUUAAAGAUGAUACCAACCAAGACAAUUUUGGUGAAACAAGUCAUUUAUUCCAUAACAUACAAACUUUUGAUUUUGUGUUUCACCUUUUUUUGAUGAGACUCAUAUUGGGAGUUACAAAUGAGUUAUCACAAGCAUUACAAAAGAAAGAUCAAGAUAUUGUGAAUGCAAUGGGGUUAGUGGAAGUAUGCAAGCAAAGACUACAAUCCUUGAGAGAUGAUGACUUUGGGGACUUGCUUGAUGAUGUACAAAAGUUUUGUUAA